ACCGAGAGCCGGGAGGCGGGGGUGCAGGUGGAGCUGCAGGGCUCCGAGCUCUGGAGGAGGUUCCACGAGAUCGGCACCGAGAUGAUCAUCACCAAGGCGGGAAGGCGGAUGUUUCCCGCAAUGAGAGUGAAGAUCUCAGGUUUAGACCCACAUCAGCAGUAUUAUAUUGCUAUGGAUAUUGUGCCAGUGGAUAACAAAAGAUACAGGUAUGUUUAUCACAGCUCCAAGUGGAUGGUGGCUGGUAAUGCUGACUCCCCGGUACCGCCUCGUGUUUAUAUUCACCCGGAUUCACCCGCCUCCGGGGAGACAUGGAUGAGACAAGUGAUCAGCUUCGACAAACUGAAGCUUACCAAUAAUGAGCUGGAUGAUCAAGGGCAUAUUAUCCUUCACUCGAUGCAUAAAUAUCAGCCUCGUGUCCACGUCAUCCGAAAAGACUGUGGAGAUGAUCUGUCCCCUGUCAAGCCUAUCCCUUCAGGAGAAGGGGUGAAAGCCUUCUCCUUUCCAGAGACCGUUUUCACUACUGUCACAGCGUACCAAAAUCAACAGAUAACUCGUCUGAAGAUUGAUAGAAAUCCAUUUGCCAAAGGGUUUAGAGAUUCGGGACGUAACAGAAUGGGACUGGAAGCUCUGGUGGAGUCUUACGCCUUCUGGAGACCUUCACUGAGGACACUUACAUUCGAAGAUAUACCUGGGAUACCCAAACAAGGAAAUGCAGGUUCCUCUACUUUACUCCAGGGAUCUGGCAGUGGAGUGCCAUCUACCCACCCUCACCUUUUACCAGGCUCCCCUUGCUCAUCUCCAGCCUUCCACCUCACUCCCAACACUAGCCAGCUCUGUAGCCUUGCUCCAGCUGACUACACAGCUUGUGCCCGCUCAGGCUUGACCCUGAACAGAUACAGCACUUCUUUGGCUGAAACUUACAACCGGCUCACAAACCAAACCAGUGAGACGUUUGCACCCCCGAGGACUCCCUCCUAUGUCGGUGUGUCGAGUAGCACAACUGUGAAUAUGUCCAUGAGUGGCAAUGACGGGGAUGCAUUCAGCUGCCCGCAGACUGGCUUAUCUAUGCAGAUUUCAGGGAUGUCUCCGCAGCUCCAGUACAUCAUGCCAUCCCCAUCCAGCAAUGCCUUUACCACUAAUCAAACCCACCAAGGCUCCUACAACACGUUUAGACUGCACAGUCCCUGUGCGCUCUAUGGAUAUAACUUUUCCACAUCCCCUAAACUGGCUGCCAGUCCUGAGAAAAUUGUUUCUUCCCAAGGAAGUUUCUUGGGGUCCUCGCCAAGUGGAACCAUGACAGAUCGGCAGAUGUUGCCCCCCGUGGAAGGAGUGCACUUACUUAGCAGUGGGGGGCAGCAGAAUUUCUUUGACUCUAGGACCCUAGGAAGCUUAACACUCUCAUCUUCUCAAGUGUCUGCACAUAUGGUUUGAUGAAGCCUUUAAGUAAAAGUACAGUAUGUUUGGUGUCUACAAUGUAUUUCUUUUGGAAUAUGAAAGGACACUCGAUGUAGCUUGUAAAGUGUGUGUGUAUAUA